AACACAUAUAUCAAUUGAGACUACACACGGUGAAUAUACACCUAGUUCCUCGAUAUGGCGAAUAUAAGUAUCCAAGUCUUUGCCUUUGCCUUCUUUGCUAGCCUUCUUAUCACAACGUCCCAAAGUCAUGGCAUGCCAAUAAAACAUGUACCCCUUUUCAUUCUUGGGGAUUCCAUAUUUGAUGCUGGAAAUAAUGACUACUUCAACACUACUUCAAAAGCAAAUUUUUUUCCAUAUGGUGAAACCUUCUUUAAUCACUCCUCAACGGGGCGAUUUUCUAAUGGUCGUCUAAUUCCAGAUUUUAUUGCUGAGUAUGCAAAGUUGCCAUUGAUUCCACCAUAUCUACAGCCUGGUAAUCGUGAAUUCAGAUAUGGAGUAAACUUUGCAUCUGCUGGAGCUGGUGCUUUGGUUGAAAUUAAUCAAGGCUUGGUGAUAGACCUUCCUUCUCAACUCUCAAAUUUAGAAAGCGUUAGAAAGUCAUUGAGACAGGAACUAGGGCAUGAUGAAGUCACAACUCUGCUAUCAAGAGCUGUUUACUUGUUUGCCUUCGGAAGCAACGAUUACAUUGUCCCUUUUGAGAAAAAUUCCAGUGUGCUUCAUUCCUACUCCCCUGAGAAAUAUGUAGGACUGGUGAUAGGCAACAUAACUUCAGCGAUCAAGGAAAUAUACAGGAAUGGAGGAAGAAAUUUUGGGUUUCUUGGCAUGUGGCCUGCUGCUUGUAUUCCAUACGGAAGAGCACUUGAAAAUAAAAAUGGUGCUUGCUUUGAGGAAAUUACACCAUAUGUGGUACUCCACGAUAAAGCACUUCUCAAAACCCUGCAAAAGCUAGAGAAUGAACUCAAAGGAUUUCGAUACUCACUCAUUGAAGCUUAUGAGUUUCUGAAACGCAGAAUAGAUCACCCUUCCAAAUAUGGUUUUGUGGAAGGAAAGGCAGCAUGCUGCGGCAGUGGUCCAUAUCGAGGACAUUUGAGCUGUGGAGUGAAGGGAGGUUACUCUUUAUGUCACAAUGUUAGUGAAUAUGUCUUCUUUGAUCCUUUUCAUCCAACUGAAAGGGCAUACGAGCAGCUUGCCAAGCAAUUCUGGAUUGGGACUCCGAAUUCCACUGUGGGUUACAAUCUGAAAACACUAUUUGAAACUAAUUAAGUAUUAAGCACAGUAUAAACUUUAUAUAUAAAUCUAAAUAAACACGUGUUGUAAAAGUGUUUGUCUGAAUUUGAAUGAUCAGACUACAUCUUCAUUAAUUCGGACAAAUGCUUUGUAUUAGUUCAAAGAUAAUAAUGUUCCUUGUGAUUAAAAUAUUUUCUUUUUUAUUUUGUUUCACCCUCCCUUUUUUCGUUCAACUAUAUAGCAUGUCAACAUAGACAUCUUGCUUAUAUUUUGGUGUCGUAUCAGAAGAUUGACAAAAUAAAAUACAAUGUAUUGUGAAGGAUUCUAUUA